AUGCCCAAGAAGGAAACCCAACCCCUCGGCUUCCCCGGUCUUAACCUUGGCAAUAUUGUGGGCGGAGUGGAAGCCAUCCCGAACGAUUUCCCCUUCAUGGUCGACAUGCGACGUGGCGGUCACUGGUGUGGAGCCUCCCUCAUCAAUGAGGAGUGGGUUGUGACGGUUGCUGAUUGCACAACCGCGGCGCCAUCUGACUACAGUUUGACUAUUGGUGACCACAACAUCAACGUCGUGGAAGGGACCGAGCAGACCCGUCAGGCCGUAAUGAUCAUAACUCACCCGGAGUAUGGAACGCCAUUCCGAUACGAAAACGACAUCGCCCUGAUGAAGGUCUCUCCCCCGUUCAACUUUAUCUCUCAGGUCCAACCCGUUAUACUUCCAGAGUUUAACUUUGCUCCAACUGACACCUCACAUGACAUAAUUCAGUUUGUCGACAUGGCGUCGUCUACACGGUCACCUUUACCUUAA